GCCGAGAUAUCCCCAUUGCGGUUAGGCAAAGCCAGGCAAAAGGUCCCUUAGUAGCACAGGCAGAACAACGUCGGCGAAAAACAACGGCGCGCACAAAACACUGCGGCACUCCACAGCGACAUCGAAAGGGAGACCUCGAAGGCAUGCAGGGGUUGCUAAGCGCCGGCAGAGAAGGAGGCGCGCGCCUUUUGCUCGCGCUCUUCCUGCAACUGCAGUUGAGUGCCAGUACAUGUCCCUGCCAGGAUCCUUCGCUCUGCAACCCCAUCUCGGGCAGCAAGGACUUUGAGGUCUUUGUGUUUGAUGUCGGGGGAAAGACCUGGAAGUUCUACGACUGGUCACAAAUUACUACAGUGGCAACAUUUGGAAAAUAUGACCCUGAGCUUAUGUGUUAUGCUCAUUCAAAAGGAGCCAGGGUUGUUUUGAAAGGGGAUGUAUCUGUGAAGGAAAUUGUUGAUCCUUUUGUCAGAGCAGCCUGGAUAGGCCAACAGAUAGAUCUGGCCAAAAAGCAGUAUAUGGAUGGGAUCAAUAUAGACAUUGAGCAAGAGGUUAAUAAGAGUUCUGCUGAAUACUAUGCUUUAACAGCUUUGGUUAAAGAAACAACAGAAGCUUUUCACAAAGAAAUUCCAGGAUCACAGGUAACUUUUGAUGUAGCUUGGUCUCCAGAAUGCAUAGACAAAAGAUGUUACAACUACAGUGGAAUUGCUGAUUCCUGUGAUUUUGUAUUUGUGAUGUCUUAUGAUGAACAGAGUCAAGUAUGGACAGAAUGCAUAGCUGGAGCCAAUGCUCCAUACAACCAGACCUUAGCUGGUUAUGACGACUACCUUGACUUGGGCAUUAAUCCAAAGAAGCUUGUAAUGGGCGUUCCCUGGUAUGGCUAUGAUUAUACCUGUCUACAUUUAUCCAUGGCUCAUGUUUGUUCCAUUGAAAAAAUCGCUUUCCGAGGGGCUCCAUGCAGUGAUGCAGCUGGACGUCAGUUCCCCUAUAGCGUAAUAAUGAACCAAGCAAAUAGUUCUAUUUCUGGGAUUCUGUGGAAUGAGGAACAGAAAGCCCCAUAUUUUGAAUACAAAGAUUCACAUAAUGCUUCUCAUCAAGUAUGGUUUGACAAUCCCCGGAGCAUUUCUCUGAAGGCAGCCUAUGUGAAAGAACAUGGUUUAAGGGGUAUCGGUAUGUGGAACGGGAAUUGCCUUGACUAUUCUGGAGGCUCUGUAGCACGAAAGCAGACAGAAGCAAUGUGGGAGGCCUUGAAACCAAAGUGACUGCAUAAAGAUGUGACUGUGGACAGUACCAUUUAGGAUGUAUAAUUCUUUCUUUUUUUAAACAUGUCUUUUGAAAAAUAUUAUAACAAAUACAAUUAAUUUUAAACUUUUUGUUUAAAAUUGUAUUUAAAUGUAAUUAAUAAAUGUCCAAAUGGGGGCGGGGGAGGAAAAAAUGUCUUUUCUGACUAUCAGUUGGUUGUUAAUUAAGAUUGCAAUCCUAUGUACAUUUGGGGCAGUGGGAAGUAAGCUUUACUGAACACAGUGAGACUUAUUUCUACAUAAACAUACAUAGGACAGCACUGUUACUUUAUUUUCUUAAUAGGUAUAGAGUAACAAUUAAAUGCACAAAAAACGUGAAAUGUAACUGAAUUUUGCCAUACCCUUCUUUCAUUGCAUUAUUUUCACAUUAAAAAAAAUCCUGUCUCAACA